GUAAAGUGUAAGUUGAUAUUGUUUUAAUUAGUAUAAUUAAUUGAAGUAUUUAUUACUUAUUACUUUGACUUAUUUUCAUCAAUUGACUUGAUAGUUUCAACUACAAAUCAAAAAAAAAAGCCAUGUCUUCAUCUGGUGUUAGCACCUCUGAUAAAGAUAGCCUUCGUCAGAGACAUGGGCAAGAUAAUAUUAAUAAUAAUACAAGUAAUAAUGAUAAUGAUAAUAUAGAUAAUGAUUCUGAUAUUAAUAAAAGAACUAAAUAUGAUGAGGCUAAAGAAUUUGUUGAUUCAUUAAAAAGAUUAGAAUCUAUUGUUUCUCCAAUUAUAUUUACUGCUUUAUCAUUCUUUGUAAGAUUAUAUAGAAUUGGUAUAAAUGAUGCUGUUGUUUGGGAUGAAGCUCAUUUUGGUAAAUUUGGUUCAUAUUAUUUAAGACAUGAAUUUUAUCAUGAUGUUCAUCCUCCUUUAGGUAAAAUGUUAAUUGGUUUAUCAGGUUAUUUAGCUGGUUAUAAUGGUAGUUGGGAUUUCCCAUCUGGUGAAACUUAUCCUGAUUAUAUUGAUUAUACAAAAAUGAGAAUAUUUAAUGCAACAUUUUCUGCUUUAUGUGUUCCAUUUGCUUAUUUUACUAUGAAAGAAAUUGGUUAUUCAAUUGCAACUACUUGGUUAUUUACUUUAAUGGUAACUCUUGAACUUUCUUAUAUUACUUUAGGUAAAUUCAUUUUAUUAGAUUCAAUGUUAUUAUUUUUUACUGUUGCAACCGUUUUUUCAUUCUCAAGAUUUAAUAGUUUUAAUACUAAAAAACUUGAAUUUACAAGAAAAUGGUGGAAAUGGUUAUUAUUAACUGGAUUUGCAAUUGGUUGUACUUGUUCAGUUAAAAUGGUUGGACUUUUUGUUACAACUUUAGUUGGUAUUUAUACUAUUACUGAUCUUUGGAUUAAAUUUGGUGAUAAAACAAUUACUUGGACUCGUUAUAUUCAACAUUGGUUAGCAAGAAUUGUUGGAUUAAUUAUUGUACCAUUUUUAAUUUUCCUUUUAUCUUUUAAAGUUCAUUUUGAUUUAUUAUAUAAAUCAGGUACUGGUGAUGCAAAUAUGUCAACAUUAUUUCAAGCUAAUUUAUUAGGUUCUGAUGUUGGUGGUGGACCUCGUGAAGUUUCAAUUGUUCAUUCAGUAGUUACUUUAAAAUCUCAAGGUUUAACUGGUGGACUUUUACAUUCUCAUGUUCAAACUUUCCCAGAAGGUUCAAAACAACAACAAGUUACAACUUAUUCUCAUAAAGAUUCAAAUAAUAAUUGGAUUUUCCAAAGAGCAAGAGGUUUACCUUAUUAUGAUAGUGCAAAUAAUAAUACUUCAAUUGAAUAUGUUAUUGAUGGUAUGAGUGUUAGAAUUAUGCAUCCAUCAACUGGUAGAAAUUUACAUACUCAUGAAGUUGCUGCUCCAGUAUCUAAAUCUGAAUAUGAAGUUGCUUGUUAUGGUAAUUUAACUAUUGGUGAUGCUAAAGAUAAUUGGAUUGUUGAAGUUAUGGAACAACAUUCAAGUGAAGAUAAAUUAAGACUUCACCCAAUUACUACAUCAUUUAGAUUAAAAAAUCAAGUUAUGAAUUGUUAUUUAGGUGUAAGUGGUAAUUCAUUACCUCAAUGGGGUUUUAGACAAGGUGAAGUUGUUUGUUAUAAAAAUCCAUUUAGAAAGGAUAAAAGAACUUGGUGGAAUGUUGAAAAUAAUAGAAAUGAAGUUUUACCAGAAGCUCCAGAAGAUUUUAAAUUACCAAGAACUAAUUUCUUUAGAGAUUUUAUUCAAUUAAAUUUAGCAAUGAUGGCAACUAAUAAUGCAUUAGUUCCUGAUCCAGAUAAACAAGAUGAUUUAGCUUCAAAAGCAUGGCAAUGGCCAACUUUAAAUACUGGAAUUAGAAUGUGUACUUGGUCAGCUAGUAAAGCUAAAUAUUAUUUAAUUGGAUCACCAGCAACAACUUGGACUUCAACUAUUGGAGUUUUAUUAUUUGCUUUCCUUACUGUUUAUCAUUUAAUUAGAUGGCAAAGACAAAUUGUUGAUUUCCCAUCUAAUGAACCAAAUAAAUUAACUUUAUUUGUUAUGGGAGGUAUUUAUCCAAUGUUUGGUUGGGGUUUACAUUUUAUGCCAUUUGUAGUUAUGGGAAGAGUUACAUAUGUUCAUCAUUAUGUUCCAGCACUUUAUUUUGCUAUGCUUGUACUUUGUUAUGAAAUUGAAUAUUUUACUUUACCUUUAGCAUCACCAAAUUCUUCUCCAGCAGCUAAAAUCUUUAGAGUUGUACUUUUUGGUAUUUUCUACUUUAUUGUAGUUUAUACAUUCUGGUACUUUAGAUAUAUUUCCUGGGGUAUGGAAGGUGCAAAGGAAAAUUGGUCACAUUACGAUAUUUUAUCUUCUUGGAGAGUCUCUAAUGAUAAGUACAAUUAAUUGAGACAAUUUUUACAAUAUUAAUAUAAAUAUAUUUCUACGCAUAUAAUAUAUUUAUUAACUCUCAUAUAUAUAAGAACAUACAAAUAUAAAAAGUAAAGAUUAUAUGUAGUGACUUAAGAGUCUUAUUGAUGGGUGUUAUACAGGAGAGUAUAUAUUUUAAAUUGUAAAUUGUAAAUAUAGAUGUGUUCUAAUCAGUGAAAGACUACAUGUGUAUCCUAAUCAAUGACUAUCAUAUUAUGUAUAGAUAAUGUAACUACACUAUAUCUAUCUCUACAUCCAUACACCAAGCAUAACAUUAUUAUAGUGUAAUCCAAACAUCCAUGCCUCCACAAUACACAUCGAUC